CCUCUAGAUGACCAUCGAGGCAAUUUGACUGCUGCAAACCGUUCAGAAGCAGCAACUGCAGACUGAUUUGAGCUAGCUCUGUAGCUACCUGCUAUCAUAUCCACCCCAGUUAGGGGUUUUAUCGGUCACUGUUUUGCUAGCUUGCGUUAGGCUGGCUUCACUGGCUAAACAUGCAGAAAUAUGAGAAGCUUGAAAAAAUUGGAGAGGGUACAUAUGGGACCGUUUUCAAGGCUAAAAACAGAGAAACCCACGAAAUUGUGGCUUUGAAAAGGGUCAGACUGGACGAUGACGACGAGGGGGUGCCGAGCUCUGCCUUGAGAGAAAUCUGUCUUCUAAAGGAAUUAAAGCAUAAAAAUAUUGUCAGACUACACGACGUGUUGCACAGUGACAAGAAAUUAACCCUGGUUUUUGAAUAUUGUGAUCAGGAUUUGAAGAAGUAUUUUGACAGUUGCAAUGGGGAUCUAGAUCCAGAAACUGUGAAGUCUUUUAUGUACCAGCUGUUGAAAGGCCUUGCUUUCUGUCACAGUCGAAACGUGCUUCAUAGAGAUUUGAAGCCCCAGAAUCUCCUCAUCAAUAGAAAUGGGGAAUUGAAGCUUGCUGAUUUCGGGCUGGCUCGAGCUUUUGGCAUUCCUGUGAGGUGUUACUCAGCAGAGGUGGUGACACUAUGGUACCGACCUCCAGAUGUGCUGUUUGGUGCUAAACUUUAUUCUACAUCUAUUGACAUGUGGUCAGCUGGAUGCAUAUUUGCAGAGCUGGCCAAUGCUGGACGGCCUUUAUUCCCUGGCAACGAUGUGGACGACCAGUUGAAAAGAAUCUUCAGAUUGUUGGGUACACCAACUGAGGAACAGUGGCAAACAAUGACAAAACUUCCAGAUUACAAGCCAUACCCCAUGUAUCCUGCCACCACCUCACUGGUGAAUGUGGUUCCUAAACUAAGCAGCACUGGACGAGAUUUAUUGCAGAACCUGUUGAAAUGUAAUCCUGUCCAGAGGAUCUCUGCAGAAGAGGCCUUGCAGCAUCCUUACUUUGCCGAUUUCUGCCCACCCUAAAUGCUAAAUUGCCUCUCACUGAGCCACAGCCGCAAGAAUCAAUCAUCCCUAACCCUGUUGGGUCAUUAGGAGCCAUCCCAACAAGGAAAAUCCCUCUCUGGGUUUCAAACACUCCCCUGCAGUUCAUUUUGUUGUGCCUCUGUGUGGAACAAAGCCCCAGCGGCUCUGCUAUUGUUUUGGUUAUUUUAAGUUAAAAGCUAGUUUAAUUUGCUGUAUAGACUCCUCCCAGUUAAUUAGCACCAAUGUGAGUGACUUUAUGUCAGUGUAUUCUUUCUUUCUUUUUUUGUCUUAUGCUGUUGUAGUUUAGACUUUAAGUUUUUUUUUUUUUUUUGGCAAAUGAGAUUUGCCCUUACAGUCUGUGGUCACCUCAUUUAUUAACUUAAUUUCAGAUGCUUGAGAUUUGAGUGCUUGCACAUAGCGCAUCAGUUCCUCUCACAACCUUUGUAAAGUUACAGUUACUAUUACUGCUGGAUAUUUUGCAAAGUAUGUUUUGGGAAUUGCUUUCACUGAUGCACGCUUUGACAUCUGUAAACAAAUACAGGUGUUUUUUGAUUUUUUUUUAAAUCCCAAAAAAUGUCUAUUCAUGAUCAAAACAUUUCAAGACUUUUGUGAAUCAGGUAUGUGUGAACUAAGUAUGUAUGACAAUAGUAAAAAUGAUCUCAUUAUCUCAUAUAAAUGGUCCAUACUUGUUAGCUGCCAAAUAUGCUGUUGCUGAAAGCUUUGAUUAACAUUAUUUGGUUAUUCACAGAUGCAGAGCAGCUAAUGCCUCAAGUUUUAAUCAGAUAUGGGGUUAGACUAGUUCAUCUGCCAUUUAGUUAGUCAUUUAUUUAAAAACUAAAAAGGCUUAAGUCGGCAUUUCCUAAUUUUUUAUGCUAGUGUUGGCUUUUGUAACAGUUUUCUUGCAGGUUUCCUGGAUGUAAUGAUGUCAUUUGGUAUGUAAUGGGAAAUUUUAACUCCCUUGAAAGAAUUGUGGGAAAAAACAAAAUCAGAUUUGAUUUUUCUCUGAGUAUAAACUGAUCAACAUUCCUAUUGAGGUCAAACGUCCUUCAGAUAAGAACUAGAAGUUCUUCGUCUGAAUGUCUUUUUUUUUUGCUGACUGCUUCCAAGUCACAAAGUUACUUCCAGAAACUAUGCAGAAAACAGUGAAGCCAUUACUGACUUUCCU